GGAACUUUUUCUGGGAGACUUUCAACAACUUUCUCACAUUUUUUUAUCACAUGACCAGCAGUACAUGAGAUAAUGAAAUAUUUGACCUGUGCUGGAAAAAGCCAGGUUAGCAUCCAUGAAAAUUAUGGCAUGAAAUUUCUGUCCCCCUUAUUAAUCCCUUGAUGUGUAAUUGUUUGGUGUGUUAGGAUUUUUGUUGUUGUUUAUUUUGAGCUUAGGCAUUAAGCAUGGGGGAACCUGGAACUGUGAAACUGACAGAGAAGUUGACAAGACUUGUUUUCCAAAGCACUGAAGUUCAGGAAGGCCCUUUGGCUGCUUUGUCUGGGGAAAGGUGUCCAAAUACCCCUUGGGCUCAGUUUUCUGAUGCACCCAAAAAAGGUUCCAAGGUCAGGUAUGCUUCAGGGUCUUCAUUUGAAUCUAUUGCGCAGGAUUUCAAAGGUACUGAAGUGAAUCAAGAGAAAACUGCUGGUGGUGGUGGGAAAAGAGUGGCUCCAAAUCAGGGGAAACAGAAACCAGCUCACCUAUCAUCAGCUCAGCAGGAAAGUAUUUUGAGGGCAUCUCAAAGCAGCAGCAAGAUGGUGGAGGAAUCAACUGAAGAAUCUGGAAACCAGAAUGAAGCUCUGGAUUCUUGGACCAAUGCCAACUUUCCAGCAAAGUUAUCUAGUCAAGAUCAAAGCUAUGAAGGUUCAUAUUCUCCAUCUUCUCAGCAGUCUGGUGAACAAAUCUAUGAUGUGUCCAGCAAACCUGCUGGCAUUAAUGCUGCUUUGAAUCAGAGUGAUGAAAGCCUCAGGAAGCAUGGAGGAAAGUGUGAUGGUUCACCUCCUGUGGACUGUUCACCCAGAUGCCCAGAUGCACCCCCAGAACUCAAGAAACUCUGCCCUGAUCCACCAGCAUGCCCAGAGGCCAAGAAAAAGAAGAAACAGUGUUCAUCCAAACCAAAACCUAAACCAUCUUGUCCAGCACCAGUGGACCCUUGUCCUAAGCCAUGUCCACCACCACCUUGUCCACCACCACCACCAUGUCCACCUCCACCAUGCUGUCCCCCACCUCCUUGUCCACCAUCAUGUCCCCCAAAGUCUAAAACAUGUGGGAAGUGUCCAAAGAUGAAUCCCUGCAAGUGUCCACCACACAAGAGACUCAGGCCUGAGGUCUGCAAUCCCAAGGACAUCCAACAGGCCAGGUUGGAGGCAGCAUGUGCAGCCAGGCGCAGACUUGAAGGCCUUUGUGCUAAUAAGCCACAAAAAGCUAGUGCCCCAUGUCCAAAUCCCAGGCCUUCAUGUCCACCAAGCUCUAAACCAUGUGUUAUUGAAGACUGCCAAGUACCUCCAGAACCAGCAGACAAGUCUCUGGACAUGCCUUGCACUCCACUUGCCAAACCAGAUUGUGGCCCUCAACCAGAUGGAAAGAAAAUGUGUGUUGGUGUGGAAGGAAUCCAGGCUUGGCAGAAGGACUUUAUGGAACAGUUCUUGAACAAUCAUAGAAAUUGGAGGAGGGGAGAACAGCCUGGAACACCAUCUGUUUCUAAACCCAAGACCAUUUCCAGGUCUCCACUUGAGCUUCCUGACAAUGUGCAAGAGUUUUUGGACAAUGCAAAGUUGGGACCAGAACCAAACUCUGACAGAAUUGCCUUGUGCACUUUUGGAAAGAUUAUGGAUGAAGUGGAGCAUAAGGCUGUGGUUGACAUCAGAUGUGCCUUAGAAGAGAAGGGAGCUGCCAUUUAUGGGAUCCCCAAUGAUACCAAGAUAAACUACAUUCAUUUGUUGACCAAAGAAGUGUGGUGUGAGAGAUCCAAAGUAUCCUUGGAACUCAAAUUGCUGAGAAAGAUCUUGCAGCAGGCUACUGAGGAGGCUGAUGAGGCUCAACGCUGUUCUGAUGCUGUCUACAAUGGACUUGUACAAGGUGCUCAAGAUCAGAUUGACUGUUGGGUGAAAGAGUACAAGCGCAUAAUGGAUUGCUUGAGACCACUGAAAGACAGGAGGAGGUUAUUGCAUCACAAA